GGGGUGUGUGCCGGUGCCCGCCCGGCGGCCGGCUCAUUCUCCCUCCGCCGCUGAGGGCGGGGCGACGGAGCUGCCGAGCGGGUCUCUCCCUGCCUGCCUGCCGGGCGGUCCUGGCUGCGCCAGAGGCCGCCUCUGCCGCCGCCGCUCGGUGGGGUCUGGACGGGGGAGGCCGGCCGGCGCCAUCACCAUGAAGGAAUGCGAGUACCGGCAGAUCCCGCCGGGCACCCCGGCCGCUCCUCCUUCCUCGGAGCCUCCGGCGCCGGCAGCCUCUUCCGUGGCAGCCGCCGCCGCCGCCACCACCCCGGCGCACGGGCGCCGCCGCAAGUGGGAGGUCUUCCCCGGGCGCAACCGCUUCUACUGCGGAGGCCGCCUCAUGCUAGCCCGGCACAGCGGCGUCUUUCUCCUCACGCUCGGCCUCAUCGUGGUCACCAGCGGCCUCUUCUUCGCCUUCGACUGUCCCUUCUUGGCUCGUAACCUGACCUUGGCCAUUCCCAUCAUUGCUGGCAUCCUGUUCCUCUUUGUCAUCAGCUGUUUGCUGCAGACCAGUUUCAGAGAUCCUGGUAUCCUGCCCAGAGCCACACCCAGUGAAGCUGCAGACCUGGAGAAAUGGAUAGACAGCCUGGGCACUUCAACCUACCGCCCACCUGCCCGCACCAUGGAAGUUGUUAUAAAUAAAUACAUGGUGAAGUUGAAAUACUGCUAUACUUGCAAAAUGUUCCGUCCUCCCAGGACCUCCCACUGCAGUGUCUGUGACAACUGUGUAGAACGGUUUGAUCACCACUGUCCCUGGGUGGGCAACUGCGUAGGGAAGCGAAAUUAUCGAUACUUCUAUGCCUUCAUCCUCUCCCUCUCCUUCCUGACAGCCUUCAUCUUCGCUUGUGUCAUUACUCAUCUUGCCCUGCGCUCCCAGGGAAGUGAUUUUCUCACUGUUUUGAAAGCAACACCAGCAAGUGUGUUGGAAUUGGUGGUCUGUUUUUUCUCAGUAUGGUCUAUUUUUGGCCUCUCAGGGUUUCACACUUACUUAGUUGCCUCCAACUUGACAACCAAUGAAGAUCUCAAAGGAGCAUGGUCAAAUAAAAGAGGCUCUGAAUUUGCCAACCCCUACAGCCAUAAAAGUAUCUUCACCAACUGCUGUGCAGUGCUCUGUGGACCAUUCUAUCCCAGCCUAAUAGACAGAAGAGGAUUUAUCCAGGCAGAUGCUGGGACCCCAUCCACUCCUAAGAGUGAAAUUCCUUCCUUUGGAACGAAAUCCGAUGCCAGCAUGGAGGAUGCCUGCCAGGACUUUGCCAUAUCUUGCACUGCCUGAUGGGAUAACCCCAUCCCACAGGAUGGGUUAGCACUGCUCUCUGAAGGUUAGCUGGUAAGAACGCAUUGGUUUUUUCCCCCUCGCCCUCAUCUGGUGAAUCAUCUCAUUGUUGCCGCAUGAAUUGCUUCAAGCCUGGAGCCCAUCGAUCCCUCCAGUCUGUGUGGCUGUUCUCAUUUUGUUGUGUGCCCUACAACCCAUCCCACCAAUAGCUUAAGCCACGUGAAGAUCUGUGAGGCCUGUGUGACAGCAAGGUAGCCUUGAGGGAUAGGUUAGGAGAACCUUGAGCAAAUGAGAUAGAUGUUCAUGGUACCUUCUACUCUCACCACCCACGGCAGGACUCCCUGUGGCACUAAAACCAUCAUUACACAUGUGGAAGUUUUCCAGGCAAUCUUUUCAAUGUGAUGGGACCAUGUUUUCACACAUAGUCUGUUUCUUGCUAUGUAUGGGCUACUGCCAGAUGCCCAGCUUACCCCAGUGGAUUUUGAGACUACACAGAAGGCAGGAAAUGUCUUCACAGGCUUUUUUGGCAGGUCUUUACACUUCUGUAUGAUAGCUUGGAGGACUAAAAAUAAAAAUUACCUCCCAUGUAGUAGUUACUAUCAUGAAGUAGUCAAAAACUAGGCAGAAAUGUUUAGGUAAUCUCUUGUUUGUGUAAAUCAAGUUAUAAAUUAAAGUAGGAUUGUGGUUGAGCCUAACAGAUGUCACGAGUAUGCCAUGCACAGUUAUUUCCCAAAAGCUGGGACCAGGGAGAUGCUUAAGCCAGACCCGGGGGUGGGGGUGGGGUGCAAGACCCAAUACUGCCAACUCAUUAUUGCAACUAGUAGCAGAUUAUUUUUUUAUAGUAGGUUAUCAGCUCAAAAAAAUUUGGGGGGCAGAACAAGGGAUGAUGUCCAGGAUCAUCAGCCUGCACCUACCUUGUUUUCAUAAAGGAUCUUUAUGUUCAUGGCAGGUUAAAGUGGGGACAGGGUAGAAAUAUCACCACUUAGCAUUUAUAUAUAACUUUUUAUAUAGUAUGUGAAGAGCUUCACAUUAUCUCUGUUUUUCUUAUGACUACCUUGUAUGAUCAGUCUUCUCCCUAUAUUUCAGGUGGGACAGAGGCUGUGUGUGAGUGGUUUGCCUAAUAGACCCACUCUCACAUUUGAGGUGACAACUGAACCAAGAACUUCUUGGUUUACAGCCCAGUCUCUUAACCAUUACCCCAGCUGGUAUCCACACCCAAUUUUUUAGUGAAAAGCCAGAAUCUAAUCUGCUAUCUUGGCUCUGCUCUUUUAAUGGCUGUUGCCCCCACCCUCUCUGGUGCUCUCAUUUUGUUGCCAUCUCACGUCCUCCAAAAUGAGGCUUAACCGUAUCACAUCUGUAUGUGCACUGCUGGUAAGUAAUUAUAAGGAUGCUUUGUUUGACAACAGUGUUGAAUAAAGUGUGCAGGUGUUUCAGAACUCUGCUUCUCAUUUGAUUCAAAAGAGUAUAUUGAUGUAUGGAAGUUCAUUGUCUUAACUUUGGGAAGUUCUGAAUGCUUAUAUUACAGUUAGAUGGCCUGAGGUCUUGAGAUGGACUUAAAAUAUGGAUGUUCUGGAAUAAGAGAUAUCUGGCAGCAUUAUCACUCACAAACAGUCUCAUAUUUUAAUGUCUGUUUGCCUGGCUUGAAUUGGUGCUGUUGCCCAGCCUCUAGGUUUAUUUGUUGUGACUGUUCCAUGGCAAAAAAUAGUCAUAGCUUCCCAAAGUCUUUGAUUUAUAUUAGGGAUGGGCAGGGAGAGGGGUCUGACUCUUGAGACUCUUACCAAACCACCCCACCCCUCGCCAGGAGUGCUUUGCACCCUUCCUUGAGUGUCUUUGCCUUGAACUCUGAUAAUACUUUUUCACUUGCCUGGAUGAAGUAUAGUGUGUGUGUGACGUGUGUGGAAACAAGCCUGCUGUACAGAGGUAAAAUUAACAUUCAUUGCUCCUUCUGGCCCUGCUCAUUGCUGUCAUUUUCCCCUUCAAGCUUGCCUAGGGCUGAAAAACAGGUUCCCCACCCCUAGCUUAUAUGCUACCCUUGGUGAAGAAAUGCAUGUUAACCACCCACUUGCCCACCUCACUUUCUCCUGUCUCCCAUCAGCAAAAACAAAUCUGGAGAACCUUCCUUAUAUCUUGCUCUCUCUUCAUCUUGCCUUCCCCACUCCCCAUCACUCACACAGAAGGGAGAAAGCUGUUGCUGCCCACUUGUCCUUGGCAAGAGCAAGCAAAAGGAGGAGCAGCUGGGGCAAUGAGGGUUCUGCUAGCCGAUAAAGCGAACUGCUUAGGUUGGGCUUGUGGCGACAGUUAUCUCCUUGCUGGAGUGCUGGGCAGAGCAGAAGAAGACUGAGCACUUGGGUUGAGCUUUCCAGCCAGCUGCCCGCAUUCACUGCUAGGGAAAGGGUGGGAGGUGAAUUCCAAGUAGAACCCAUCCCAGGCAAAAUGCAACUUGCUUCCAUCUGUUCCCCCGCAGCCUGAGUGCUCAGCAACCCAGCAAAGCCUCUCUUCACACCAGGGGCAGCCAACGUGGUGCCCACCAACGGCUGUUGGACUGCAGCUCCCAUCACCCCUAAACAUUAACCAUGGCGGUGGCAGGUUGGAAUCCAACAACUUCUGCAGCUUCACAUUGGCUAUUUCCUACUUAAUGACUGUUGCUGCAUUUACAGUAUUGUAUGAUGGGGGCAGUGUGAAAUGAAGUUCCUAGCCAUCCUGCUGAAAGUGGGCCAUGUAUGUGUCUGAAUGGAAGACUCCAUCAAACGGUCCUUUACCACACUAUUUCUAGUGCUGAGAUGCACCAUGAACUUCGGGACACUUCUCUCUUCUGAUGUGGCAGCAGAAGCUGUAGCUAAAGCAGAUGCCAAGGGAAGUGAAUUAAGUGACUUGGGAGGCAACCUGACACACUUGGCUUCUGCCUGUUUUUUGCUAUCCAGACAUUAUGAGAAGGUUUUUCCUUGCCUGUCCUUUUCUUACACUUGCAUGCCCACAUGAAACACUAAUCAGAAACCUUUGUUUUUGUUUUUGUUUUUUGUAAUUACACUUAACUAAUCAGGAUCACUUUGAAAUCCCUUUCUUUGGUAGUCUGAAAUACCCAACGCCUCCUUUUCCUGACAUUUCUCACCUGAGCAUUCAUAAAGUCAUCCUUACCAGAAUGGCACUUGUUCCACAUUUACCCAAACUGCACUAAUUUCCCAGGAUCUUCACCCUUCCUCCUCUUUAGCUUGCCUGAAGGCACACCUACUCCUGUGAACAUCCUUUUUUCUAUCUCUGGUGUUUCCUUUUACUAAUCCUAUCUCUUUCUCUUUCUUUUUCCCCCCCUUCCUGCACUGCUUGGGAAC